AUCGGAAAAAGGAAUUUUCUGGGAUUGUCAUUCCAGUAAAUAUGGAAUCAAAGAAUCUGCUGUUUGUUAGUGUUCUUUUCUUCCUUGCAGCCUUGACUGCUGCUAGCUAUGGUGAUGAAGCUAAACUCAAGUUCUUGGAGAGUAGAUUGGCAGAUGCAUUUGAGAGAAAAAAAUUUAUUAUCUCGGUUUCUGCUGAACCAGAUGAAGGAGCAGACUUUGGUCCUCAUACACCAAAUACAACUACCUCUGGUAUCCAAGAAGCAUUGGACUAUGCUGCUACCUUCUUGACAGAUAUCAAUUUGAAUCCUACUUCCAGAAAGUCUUUGGAAUCGAACGCACCUGUUGUUUUCUUGGGACCUGGACAGUUCAAAAUUAACUCGACCAUUUACCUCCCGGAGUGGGGUGGCUUUACAUUGAGAGGUUCUGGUCCACACUCUACUAUUUUAGAAGAUGUUAGCAAGAGUGGGAUUACCAUAUUGAAACAAAAGAUUCCAAAGAAUGUAGGUUAUUACUGGGGCCAAUUAAAUGAGAUUCUCACUGACUUUGGUGUGGUUGGUAACAUCUACGGAACCAGUGUUGCUGGUAUUGAUCUUAGCAUGCCAGAAAAUAUUCCUCACAAUGUUGUUAGCCGUGUUGCGUUUUACAGGAACUUUAGCGACUUCCAUUUGUGUAUGGAUGGCAACGAAGAUAGUUUAUUGGAUACCAUUUUCGUUGAUGGUUAUUCAGAUCAUGGAAAGAAACAUGCAGUUAUUGGCUUUUCAACUGGAGGAGGUGCAACAUUUAUUCGAGGUCUCUAUUUCUCCAAUCCUAUUGGAGGUGCUCGUAUUCAUGCCAGAAGUAUCAAUCUCUAUAUCACCGAUGGAGUAAUUGGAGCCAUAUCCAAUACACCUAUCACUAAAGGACAGUUCAAACUGGAUCCUCCUGCUAGUGUCAUUCUUAUUAAAAACUGUUGGUUUAAUAUCGAUGAAAGCAUGGGAGACUAUGUUUUCGAUCUUCAUUAUCCAACCAAUUAUUCCAUCAUCGAACUGGAUGGCGUAGACUUUUACAAUCCUCCAGCCGGCCAUCAUUAUUUCUCUGUUGGAAAGGAAGUAAAUAUAGAAAGACUACAAUUGCAAAACGUUGUUGUUGGUUACGGAAAAGGCAAAAUGCUACAGAAUGAGGGAAAGAUUGGUACAGUGAAAGUUGGAUAUGUCUUUGCUGAUGCCAAGUUGGAAGCACCAUUCCUUCAUUGGAUGCCUAGUAUCCUCGAUGGCUAUUAUGUUGCUGCUCCAGGAUUGUAUCCUAUUACUAUUGUACCUCCACCUCCUCCACCUUCACCACCCGUGAUGCCUCCUUCUCCACCUGGUGCUCCAACUGGCUGGCCAUAAGUAUGACGAAUUUGUCUUUUUGUGUUUGUCUCUCUGUGGAAUAAAGAAGAAAUUGUUUAU